GAUAGUCAACAGUCAAGAGAUGUCGAAUAGGAUAGUGAGCGAUGUCUACAAUGGAGUUAUAGACGAUGUAAGCAAGAAUGUCAAGUACGAUUUUGAAGAAAUGGGUAUUGAGGACGUCGUAUUACAAGAAUUAAUAAAGAUUUGGCACGAUAAAUUAGAAGCUAGCAACCAACAGCCAGAUAAUAAGGAUGAUUUGUUUGAUAGUCUACUCUCACAGCAGCAGCAACUUCAACAGCAAUCUAGCAAAUCAAACAACAACAAUAACAAUAACAACGAUGACGACGACGAUGACAACCCAUUAGGCUCCUCAGACGAUGAUAAAAAGAAAGGCAAAGACGCGGAUGAGGACGCUAUUAACUCAGAUUUGGAUGAUGACGACGAUGAGGAAGAUAAUGAUUUGGAUACGAACAACGAUAUCGUACUCUGUUUGUACGAUAAAGUGCAGAGAGUAAAGAACAAGUGGAGAAUGCAGCUAAAGGAUGGUAUUAUCUCGAUAAACAACAAGGACUACUUGUUCUCAAAGUGUUCGGGUGAAUUCGAGUGGUGAUCAGAUUAUUUAUUGUAUUAUAUUCUAUUAUAAAUUAGUACGC